CCAUCCGAAAAUGUAGUAUGUAAUAAAUAAUAUUGUAUAUGUGUUUAAAUUUAACGCGUCGACCGGUGAAGCGGCGGUUCGGGCGAUUCAGCAAGUACAGUGGCAUCCCGCGGCCGCCUUGCGACGUCGGAGUCGAUGAAGAUCGGACUAGUGAAAAAGGCACGUCCAAUUUUCAACGCGGAAAAAAAUUGAAAAAUAAUGGCCGCGGGCGACGUCACUCGCCGCGCCUCUAUCACCGCGCCCUCCAUGCACCGACGGCCAUCGGCGCGAAGAGGUUCGCUUAUCAAGAACUCCCAAUCUCCCGCAGCGUCACAAGAGGUGCCAUGGGAUAUUAUCGAUCGUUGUGCCUUGCCGAUAGUGCUGUGUCACGCGCUAGCCGUGGUCCUCUCUGCUUUGCUGAACGCGCUGCACGUGAGCCAGAUUUCCGUGUUCACUUUGUUCCUGUGGUUCGCUAUCUCCGUUACCGGCUCACUCUGGUUCUACCACAACCUUCAGGUAACAGCAGCAGGCAAGGCUGUGCUGGUAACGGGAUGUGAUAAUGUCUUAGGAAAUGCCCUGGCCAGGAGGUUGGACGACUUAGGAUACCACGUUUUUGCAGGCUUUCAGAGUAAAGCUGGUAACAUUGACGCAGAUAUGUUGAAAGAAGAUUGUUCAGGAAGAUUACAUACUCUUCAACUGGAUAUAACGUCUGAAACUCAGAUACUUUCGGCGUCGUUGUAUAUUGUUGAUCAUCUGCCAGAGGGCGCUCAAGGAUUAUGGGCCAUCGUCAACUGCGAGUCUUGGUGUGCCCUCGGCGAACUGGAAUGGGUGCCGUUCUCCGUAGUACGCAGAGCAAUGGAUGUCAACCUUUUAGGACCAGCCCGGCUUGUUCAAGUGAUGUUGCCGUUGGUGCGACGGGCGAAAGGUCGUGUAGUAUUGGCUUCAUCUAUCCUGACCCACGUCGCGGCUCCGGUGCGAGGUGUCCACGCCGCGUCACUCGCAGCGCUCGACGCUCUUGCCGCCUGUCUGCGUCGAGAACUGAAACCGCGUGGCGUCGAUGUCGUGGUCGUUGCCGCUGGCGAAUAUACAACGGGCAGCGCGUGGCUCUCAGAGGAAAAACUUCUGGAACAAGCCCGCGAUAUGUGGAAGAGGCUUAGCGACGAACAAAAGGGUGCCUACGGAGAAGACUAUUUCGAACAAGCACUCCGCAGCUUAGAGAAAUAUACUAAAAGCCCUGAUGCUGACCUGACUGCGGUGACUCGCGCGUUAAGCGACGGUGUGACCCGGACCUUCCCACUCGCCCGCUACACCCCUGUGUCCCCACGCGAGAAGCUGAAGUCUUUGUUAGCCGAACAUAUGCCUCGCUCGCUGUACGAAGGCCUCUACACAGAUUAAAAAUCUUAUCUACCAUCAAACAACUUUUAUUAAAAAUUUAAUUGAAUGCUCUUACAACACUAAAUUUUAUGAAACGACGAUGUAACUAUAGUUAUUUUAACUUUACAUCUAUGAAAAUUUAUAUCAUAGACUAAAUUAAUGUCAUAAAUUUAAAACGAAAAUUGUAUUUUGAACAAGUUUUCCCUUAUGCUAAAUGAGGCCAGCUCGCCGUUGAGGCUUGCAUGAAUUAUGUAAGCUUUUAAGGUCGAGUAAGUUUGCUGAUCAUUUAUGCGAGCAUCUAACACUUGAACACGUAUGCAGUAUCUGUUUUACGUGACGUCAUUUGUAAAUUCGGUUUUUUUUAUUAUAUAUAUAUAUAACAUAUUUGUUUCCCGUAUGUGUAUUUUGAAAUCAUAAGAAAUAUAUUGUAUUGCCCAUGAUUGAAUUACUAUGAAUGGAGACUUAACUUAAACAUAAACUCAACGACAAUGUUUGUGUAUUAUUUUGUAUUAACUUUUAAACAUAAAUAUCUAUAUGUUUUUGUUUUUAUGUUGAUUUUGCUUAGCAGUUUAAUAAAACACGUGAUCAUGCGUUAUAAGCUUGAAUACAAACCAAGGUAACGUAAGCAUUCAAAAAGGAAUGAAUGCAGUUUUAUUUGAAUUUCAUUUUUAUCGCUGUAUUGAAUUCUGAAAAUAAUUUCAAUCAAUCAAAAGUAAUACCCAGUAAAUUAAUCAAGUUCUUGUACGGUAUUAAUUUUAAUGGUCAUAUUUUUUCAUAUUCUAAAUAUCAGUCAACUUUUAACGAAACAGGAAUGGCAAUUUUUCACUUGCCGGUUACUAGAUUUGAGAUGUCAGUCACACGUGCUCGUGAGCUAUGGUCGCUUUAAUGAUUGAUUUUGCCCUUUAACAUGCAAAUGUUAAUCUACAUUACAUUUUAUUUAUAUAUUUCUAACUUCUACUAUUUAUUAUUCUUAUUUCUAUUUAGAUCAAUUUUAUAAGAAAUAAAAAAAAACGAUAUAAAUAAUUAAAUAUAAGUUACAGUAAUGCAUAUUGUUUAGUUUUGUUAGUAAUUUAAGGGAUACAAAUUAUUGUGUUUCAGUAGAUUUAUCUAUUCUAGCUUUUUGAAAUACAAAUCCAACGCAAUCGUUAAAAUAGCAACCAAUAUGUCGUAAUAAAUCUCUUCGCUGAACGUGAUAGAGUAUGCAUUUAGUAUCACAUCGUGCAAACGUUUUGUAAAACGUUUUCAAAUGUUCAAUGAAUAAAAAUAGCAAUGAUUACUUUGAUUGGAAGCGUAUAAAUAUAGCGAUACUCAAUUAACACGAUGAAUUAUUUCUAAACAAUUUAAGUUUAUUCGCUACAUUUUUAGUGCAUUUACGAGAAAGAAUACGAUAAAUUUACAUUCGCCUAAGUAGAUUUUUGUAAAGCAUGUUUGUUAAUAAUAAAAUAAUUGGACAAAUUAAAA